AUGGAGCACUUGAAUAAUUUCUUGGAAGAUACAUUCAUGCUGGCAGAUUAUACAACAAAAACUGGUAUUGCGUUGCUAUAUGACGAAAUAUCCGAAAACGCCUAUGAAAUCCGACUGAAGCUUACAAAAGAGGUACUAACAAUUCAAAAACAAGAUGUCAUCUGUGUUAGUGGAAGUGAUCACAGUGCAAAUCACAGAACUGUUAAACUUCGUAGACAAACAGUUGGUGGCUUGGGCUUAAGUAUAAAGGGUGGUGCUGAACACAAAGUGCCUGUCGUCAUAUCAAAAAUAUUUAAAGACCAAGCAGCGGACCAGUCAGGAAUGUUAUUUAUAGGAGAUGCUGUAAUACAGGUUAAUGGCAUAAACGUAGAAGGUGCCACCCAUGAAGAAGUGGUGCAUCUACUGCGAAAUGCUGGCGAUGAAGUUACCAUCACUGUUCAGUACCUCAGGGAAGCUCCAUCAUUUCUAAAGCUCCCAUUGGGUUCCCCUGGACCUUCAAGUGAUCACAGCAGUGGCACGUCCUCCCCUCUCUUUGACAGCGGUUUACACUUAAAUGGAAACUCAACAAAUACAGCACCAUCGUCACCUUCUUCACCCAUAGCUAAUGAACCAAAAUAUGAGAAGCGCUGGCUGGACACCUUAUCAGUUCCUUUGUCGAUGGCCCGAAUCUCGAGGUACAAAGCUGGAACAAAUAAAUUAAGAUCUAAUGCAUUUGAAGUACUGGCACUCGAUGGAGUUAGCACUGGGAUACUUCAGUAUUGUUCAACCCAGGAGAGUGUUGACUGGCUGAGAGCAUUAUCAACUAACAUCAAUGAUUUGACACUACAAAAUAUGAAGAUGGCAAAUAAAUGCUGUUCUCCCUCAGAUCAGGUCAUACAUAUGGGGUGGGUGAAUGAGAGGCUCCAGGGCGCAGAUUCCCCUCAGCUCUAUAAAUUCAAGUUCCUGGCAUUGAAGGGUUCGUCAUUCUACAUAUUCAGCACGCCACCGGUUAGCACUCUAGACUGGGUACGAGCUGAAAAAACCUAUAACCUCUGUGAGGUUCUAUUUAAAGUCCACAAGCUCUGGCUUAAUGAUGAUUGCUGGCUACAAGCAAACUUAUAUCUGGGUAUUCACCAAGACUAUGAGCUUGAAGACCAGAGGCCGUAUUGUUUCAGUGUUGUGGUUGGACAUGGCAAGAGUCACUAUUUCAAUGUGGAACUGGGGAGUGACCUGGCAGUAUGGGAGAAAUCAUUUCAAAAAGCAAUUUUUUGGGAAGUUCAGCGAACAGGGUCUAAAACCUAUACAUGUAGCUGGCAAGGAGAAGGCUUGUGUUUCACUUUAGACUUUGCUUCGGGAUUCACCUGCUUUGACAACAAAACAAAGAAUGUCCUCUGGAGAUUUAAAUUUUCUCAGCUCAAAGGGUCAUCAGAUGAUGGGAAAACUCGUGUGAAGCUGCUUUUCCAGAAUACAGAAACCAAACAAAUUGAGACAAAGGAACUAGAAUUUCAAGAUUUGACAGCAGUUUUAAACUGUAUUCACUCAUUUAUAGCUGCUAAGGUUGCCUCUGUGGAUCCAUUAUUUAUUGACAGCCAGAGCAUUGCAAGAAAAUAUACCUACAGUAAUUGAAGAGAUUCUAUGUUGUGAUUAUGACAGAUAAAUUAUUUUCUUAAAGAAAAAAAAUAUUUCAUGCACAAUAUUGCAAUCCCAUGUGAUUUU